GCGCCUGCAGCCCUAUGGCCGUGGACAUGCUGGGAGCCGCCGGGGAAGCAGAGAGUAGGAGACCAAGAUCAGAAGAGCAGGUCCCUCUGCAUGAAGAAUUUAUUUACUGUUGUGGAGCUGCUACUCAAGUCUUAAAGUGUGGGCCUUGGAAAAACCUCUUGGAAACUGAAAGUAAAACUCUCCCGAGACUCUUAUUUCUGAUUAUUCCAGGUAAUCCAGGACUGGCAGGCUACUAUAGGACCUUUGUACGGGCAUUAUACCAUGGACUAAACCAGCAGUAUCCAGUUUGGGUUGUGAGCCACGCUGGACACUGCAAGCCACCAAAUAGCAUGGAAAUGACAGAAGACACGGAUAUUAAAGAACUAGAGGAUGUCUUUGGACUUCACGGGCAAAUUGAGCACAAGUUGGACUUCCUUAGAAAGAAUGUGCCAAAAGAUAUGAAGCUUGUGCUGAUUGGCCAUUCAAUUGGUUGCUACAUCACCCUUGAAAUGAUGAAGAGGGCAUCAGAACUUCAGGUUCUCCGCUCUGUGCUGUUGUUUCCAACAAUAGAACGCAUGGCUCAGUCCCCACAAGGCAAGCUCCUGACGCCUGUAUUGUGCAAGCUGCGGUACAUGCUGUACAUGCCUGUCUACCUGCUGUCAUUUCUCCCAGAAAGAGUCAAAACGUCCAUGGUGCGGUUUGUGCUGCGAGGACUGAAAUGUCCUGAUGAAGCUUCAAUAAUUACCUCCCUAAAUCUCUUCAGUGUGGAUUGUGUUGCAAAUGUCCUGUAUAUGGCAAGCCAAGAAAUGAUGAAGGUUGUGGAGAGAGACAGUACAACAAUAAAACAAAAUUUGAAGAAGCUGAUUUUCUAUUAUGGAGCUGCAGACAAUUGGUGCCCCCAACAGUAUUUUGAGGAGAUCAAGAUGGAUUUUCCAGAUGGGGACAUUCGGCUCUGUGAGAAGGGAAUCCGCCAUGCGUUUGUCCUGGAUGCCAGCAGGGAGAUGGCUGCCAUGAUUACAGGCUGGUUACAAGACAUUCUGACCAGAUUAUAAACACUCAGUGACGAGGGGGGGAAAUUAUCCUUUUGUGAAUGUGUAAUUCACUGUCAGAGUCUGACCCUAAUCUUUCUGCGCAGGAUAGAUUUAUGGCUUGUUUUCUACUGCGUCGUCUUACAGAAGGAUAAAGUGCACCGACUAGCCUAAAGUGUAGCUUCAUCCGCACAAUGAUAUUGGAUCACCAUGCAGACUCUACUAGGUAUUUCAGGGAUUCUAUCAAAUAUAAAAUCAGCUGAUAGCACUGUCCAAAAAAUUGGUAUUAGAACCACCAGGACAUAUUUCUGGACAUAUGGCUGAUAAGUGCUAGAAGUUCAAAAAGAGAGCAAGGAAAGGAAAGACGCAAAGUCAGACGCGUCUAUGUGGAAUGUCUUAAGUUAAACAGCUAAAUCCAUAUUAAUCCACUUUCAUAAGUGGCAUGGUUCUCAGUGGUACUGCAUAUGUUCAGUGCCUUUACAAAAAUCAAGCCACUUUUGUCAUGUUCCUAAAUACAAAUGGUAGGUCCCUAAUUCUAGUGGAGGUACAACUUUAAAACUCUUGACCUAAAUGCACAAGUUGAUGAAUUCCCAAUAAGAAAAUGGCCAGCAUUUCUGUCACAACUGGAUGUGCAGACAAAACUUAUAGGCCCAGAUCCUCAGAUGUGUAAAUAAGAAUAGCUCCAUCAAAGUUUGCACCAGACAAGUGAACUGAAGAAAAGUGUCCUAGCAAUGAGACUGUGAAAUACAGGACACUCUUGCAAUUCACAGAAUUGCUAUUUGCGGUUUUGUGUAUUCGCUCUUGUUCAAGCCAUGGCGGUUGAGGGGCAGCAGGAACUAGGAGCUGCAGAGAACUCACCCUGACUCCCAGCCUCUGCAGUGAGUUCCUUGCAGCUGCCAGAACUGCAAUGAAUUCAUCAACUUGAGUUGCUUGGGGCUGCCAGAAGCUGUGAUGAGUUCCCUGCAGCUCCCAACCCCCAUGGUCUGUUCUCCAUGGCUCCCAGGCCCGGGGUGAGUGCAGGAGCCAUGGGGAGCUCACCGCGGGGGCUGGGAGUCAUGGCUCCCAGUGGUCAUUUCGUCAUUUACAGUGGUGCUAGGAACACAUCCACAUGAAUGGUGAGAGUUUCCUGUAGUCUCUCAAAGAAAAAGAUAAAAAUCUGAGUCCCCAGAGACAUUUACAAAUAGAAAAAGCACUUGAUAAUAAAAGAAACAAUCCUUCCCGAGCAGGGAGACAGUUGACCUAGUACAGGCCUGCACAACUCGGAAAGCGACGAGGGCCGUAUUGCUCCAAAGAAAACAGUUAUGCGCAAGUAGGGAUGCUCUCCCAAAAAAUACCAAACAUACGGCUAAAAAUUUUUGCUGAGCCAAAAAAAAAAUACACUUCUGCAUGUCUCCACUUGGCCCCCCUGGCAUUUGUCUCUCCUUUACCCUGCCCCUUGGUGUCCUCCCCUUUCUCCUGACCUGCCCCCCUCCCCUCAGCACAAGCCUCUUCCCCUCCUCUACCUGACUUCUGCCUUUUUGAAUCUGGCAGUUGCUGGCUGUGACAUCAUGAGAAUCGCCGCACUUCUCCUUUCUCAGUGGCACUUUGCUCCUCUGCCCGGCUGGUGGAUCGGAUGGGGCCGCACUGCCCGUAGUUGUCACAGGCCGCACAGUGAGCCCCUGUGGGCCGCAUGCGGCCCUCGGACCAUGUUGUGCAGGCCUGACCUAGUAUGUCUUAUUCAUUUCUAACUUGUAUGAUCCACUAAGAAUUUAAAUAAGGCAUUAGAAGAGAUGAUGACGAAAGCCUGUCGAUGCAGGAGGUCAGACUGGAUAACCCAAGAAUACUCUUCUUGCUAUUCUUUUAUAUGAUUACACACACAGAGAGAGAGAGUCAUUUCUGGUAAGUUCCUCUGUUACUUUCAGACAAUUAAAAGCAAACUAGCAGAAUCCAAUUUCUAGGUUUUUGUGAACUUGUCUUCAGAAUUCCAGGGCUGUAUAACAGCUGGUAGGAUUAAAUGACCUCUUGCACCAUUUGCUGGCUUGGUUGUUGAAACUAACCAGUUAAUUUAUGGAUGAUGUUUGUGUCUAACAAAACAGAAAGAUGCUGCUUAAUGUUGAAAUGUUAGACAAUCAGUAAUGGCAAAAGCUGAAUGUGUUUGAGGCAAUUGUCCCAUCAAACUUUUCUGUGAAACUAACUUGCUCAUGGUUAUGACACACUCAUAGAAGCUGCCUUCCCUCAACAGGGCCAUAGUGGCAAUAGACUAUAUUUUGUUGCCUUACGGUACUGUGUCCGUUUUUGAAAUCUACAGUUAUAUGUCUGGUCAAACAGGCCCCAGGUUCUGAUGUGCAGUCAUUCUGGAUGUACUUUUCGCUGCAGCUUCUGAACCUAUGUGCUGUCGUAGAUACUCCAUGUGGCAGAGUGAAGCCUACGUGUGUACAUUAGCAACAAAUGUCAGCAUUGAGUUCAAUAGAUUCUUCUGUAAUUUUGUGUUGAUACGAUUGAAUUAAAUGUUUGUUCCUUGCUGUAUAAUGAGUAUAUGGAAUCAGGUUGUAAACAUUCAGCUGAUUUUAAGUGGCCCUUCCAGAGACAGAAAAUCUUACAACUAGCAACCACUGAAGCCUGAAAACAGAAAACCUAUGGUGUAUGCUUGUCCACAGUGCAUUAUUCAUGGAUAGCAGAUGAGGAGCUGACUUCACAGGACACAAACCUUGUGUAUUCUCUUUGUAUUGUUGUUCUCUUGUGCCCUGUUAAAUGAUGAUCCCACAGUAAAUCCCACUGAUUGCACUGAGACCUAUCAUGAAGGCAGAGUUGGUCAGUAAUAGCUAGAUCUGCUGCUGAAUAAUCCCUUAUGACUUUAUUAAAUCUGUUUGCUCUAAGGCUAAUGAGAAUUUUAUGAAUGAAUCAAGUCCUUCCUCCUGGGAGCUGAUUCCGCAUGGCUGAAGUCUGGAAAUAUGCUACUCUGCCUGGCGCUAACAUGAAAGUGCCUCGUUUUCAGAUGUACUGCUGCCCCCUACCCUCUGCACCUCUUUUUGAAGCCAAUUGGAACUCAUCAGAACAUCUGAAAAUCAAUCUCUGUGUAUUGUGCUGAUUGAUCUGAUCGGCAGUAUGAGAAACAUUAUUCUUUUCACACUGAGAACAGCAGACUUUUCACCAGGAAAAUCCAGCUUCUCUGGUGCUAAGGGGUUAAUCAAGAUGUAAGGCACAGAGCUGCAAAAGAGAGCGAAAGUGUCAGUUUACUGUAAGAAUACCCUAAUAAAUACCAUAAGAAUGCCCUAAUAAAUCUUUUAGUCUCUAAAGUGCCUCAGGACUCUUCAUUGUUUUUGUAAGAAUACAAUAAAACCUUGCUAAUUUGCAGUAAUGACUGGCAACUAAUUGAAAAUGAAUUAAUUUUAUUAAUUAGGCCCUGAUCCAAUCAAAUGUUAAAGCUCAUGUUUAAUUUAUGAAUAAUCCCAUGAACAUACACAGAAUUUCAGCUGAUGCUUAGUGCUUUGCUGAAUGGGGAUGAGAUGCUAAAUAUCUGAAGGUAUAUGUAUGUUAAGUGGUUUGCUCAUUUGGGACCUUUAGGAGAUAGUGACCAAACAGUAAGAAAAGUAAAACAAUUACACGACAAUUACAAAGGACUUGCUUGUAAUUUGACAUCAAUUAUUUUGUUUUAAUUAUCCUACUUUAUAACGUAGUGACUGCAGAAUUUUCACAAACUACUACUUGAUAUGGGAGCCAUAGUCCCUUUUUCAAAAGUGACUUUGGAGUCUACAUCUCAGUGAAAGUCAAUAGAUUUAAGCUCCUGAACCACCUAGCCUAUUAUUUUUUUGCUUCCAACACUUCCUCUUGGUAUGAGUCAUAGAGUACAUGGUUUGGUGAGGUUCCCUAGUAUUGAAGAAGUGUGCCAGAUAUGCAAAGUUCAGCAGUUAUGGUAGGGAUUUUGCACUGGGACAUGCAGCUAAGCAGAGAGGACAGUGAAAGAAGACACACUGCAGAAUCUGCCCUCUACGAUUGUUUACAUUUACCUAAUGAAUUUUUCAGAGAAUCAGUUCAUAUUUGCAUUGUUUCCCCCACACUCGUGCCCAAAGCCUGCGAACAAACUCUCUGAACAAGAGGCAAAGUUUGAUUGUAAGUAAAGUUGCUCAAAACAUUAUCGUGUAAACCUGCUGGACCCAGGAAAUUGUAUUGUUAGCCUCAGCCUCACAGGUCACACUCAGGCUCACAAUAACAGUGAGGUUCUGAGUCUCUUUGCUCACAGUAAAACUUGCUUUUUCUUGGCAUCUAGAUAAAAUAAGACUCAAAGGAGAGUUUGUGAAUGACCAGGCACAGUUAAACCAGCAUAAAUGGCUGGAACAACUUUAGUAAAAAUAAAAACUGUAGUGGCAGUAAAUACAGCCCAAUUGCCAGAAGUGAUUGUUGCUCAAGGCAUCAUCAAGCUGAAGUUAUGAAAGAGGACAAUGCUUGCACAAAAAUGGGACAGAGAAGGAAAAAGUCACUACCUUCGUCUUGAGAGAGUCUUAAUUAGAGAUCAUUUUCAAGUCUUCAAGCUGAUGCUAAGUGAACCAGAUUUUUCCAUUUCGUAUAUUGCACAAAAGUACUUGCAAGAAAAUAAUUGUGCUGUGGUUUCCUACCAAUUUGCAAAGGCUAAUAAAUAUGGCAUGUUGUU